AAAUCCUUUCUUAGUCAAGGGCUACAUCUCACGGUUCUGUUUGGUUCCUAGGUUAAAAAAGAAAAAGCAAACCAAACAAAAUGCAGAAGCUGCUUCCAAGACUCAGGCUGGGAAAGAUGAUGCAAGUAAAGUCAUCUUGGAGCAAAUCAGUUCUUCUGAAGACAACUGCAAACUUGCUGUGGAAAAGGACUGUGUCCUUGACAAAGAGAAGAAAAAGAAAAAAUAUAAUCAACUAAAGGAUAUCAGACGCACAGAGCUCAAGAGAUAUUAUCAUACUGAUGACAAUCAAAACAAAACCAAUGAAAAGAAAGAGAAAAAAAUGGUUUCUCAGAAACCCCAUGGUACUGUGGAAUAUACUGCUGGAAUUCAGGACACCCUAAAUAGCAUAGCACUGAAGUUUAACAUUACUCCAAACAAACUUGUGGAACUCAAUAAACUGUUCACACACACAAUUGUUCCAGGACAGGUUCUAUAUGUACCUGAUACUGACCACCAUUUCAGUGCUGCUAGUUUUCCUUCUUCCAGUCCUGGUGCCCCUGUUUCUCCUUCCUCAUCGGAUGCCGAAUAUGAUAAACUUCCUGAUGCUGACUUGGCAAGAAAGGCCUUCAAGCCAAUCGAAAGAGUCUUGUCUUCUACCUCUGAAGAGGAUGAACCAGUUAUUGUCAAAUUCUUAAAAAUGAACUGUCGUUACUUCACGGAUGGUAAGGGUGUAGUUGGGGGUGUCAUGAUAGUGACUCCAAACAACAUCAUGUUUGACCCACAUAAGUCGGAUCCUCUGGUAAUUGAGAAUGGUUGUGAAGAGUAUGGGCUCAUUUGCCCCAUGGAAGAGGUUGUCUCGAUAGCGCUCUACAAUGAUAUCUCCCACAUGAAGAUUAAAGAUGCCCUGCCAUCUGACAUACCAAAGGAUCUUUGUCCUCUGUACAGGCCAGGAGAGUGGGAAGACCUUUCCUCUGAGAAAGAUAUCAACCCUUUCAGCAAGUUUAAGUCCCUUAACAAGGAGAAGAGGCAGCAGAAUGGAGAUGACUCCAGUGCACUAGAUGCCAAAACAAUAAAACCUUCAGAUGAGGAGAAGCCUACUGAUUUUGAACUGCUCAAAUCUCCUGAGAGUACCAUUUCAGUUAGGAGUAAGUCACUGGAACCUCUCAAGGCUGUUACCUCCAUUAAACCAUCUGAAAGAUCUGCAGAAAUACAUACAAAGGAGCCCCUGGGAGAAAAAGCUUCAGAAUCCAAAACCAAAGAAAAUUCCUUUCUGGGAGGAGAUGAAGAUUUUGUUGAACUGGUGGGGACCCCAUCUCAAACCGAUAAUGAAUUGGACAGAAAGGAUGGAGCAAUGGAAAGUUUUCCUAUUGACUCUAAGGGGAUGGGUAAAGCAAAGUUGCAAGUCACCCAAUCUGUUUCAGAAGUCCAGGAGCAUUUGACACUUGAUUUGUCUGAAACAAAAAACAAUGUUAAACCCAAAGCUGACCUAGAUUUAGAACUGUGCGAGAAACAAGAUGUUGUGCCAGAAGUAAACAAAUGUGCCGGUUCCCCAACAGCUAAAGUGGAGACUACAGUGGACACACAGAAGGAUCUAGAGAAGGACAAACUUAUAGAAUUUUACCUUGGUAAAGACAAAGACGGGUCACAGUCUUCUGAAGAUUUGCGUAAAGCUAAAAUGCAUGAAGAUGAAAAUAAUAAAGUGGUUGGCAUAGACCUCACACUUAACUGUUCAGACUCCCAAGCCAAUGGUCUUUGUACAGUUAUACGUGCAGAGUCUGAUUCCAGUUGCAUUGAAAGGAAAGAGUCUUCACUAAAAGUCAGCUCAGCUGCAGCAGAAGAGAAGGAUUUUAAAAAGUCUGUGGAUUCUCUCUUAGUAUCACCAGUGGACAAGACCUGCGAGGAAACACAGUUAGACAAUAAAGCAGAAAUCAGACUGUGGCUGUUGCAGAAAAUUCAAGCGCCAAUUGAAGAUAUGCUCCCUUCAAAAGAAGAGAAAAGCAAGACUCCUCCGAUGUUUCUGUGUAUCAAAGUGGGAAAGCCCAUGAGAAAGUCUUUUGUUACACAGAGCACCACUAUGGCACAGCAGUAUGGUAAAAAGAUUAAGCAGCCAGAGUACUGGUUUGCUGUUCCUCGGGAAAGGGUAGAUCAUCUUUAUACAUUUUUUGUUCAGUGGUCACCAGAAGUAUAUGGGAAAGAUGCCAAAGAGCAAGGGUUUGUAGUGGUGGAAAAGGAGGAACUUGAUAUGAUAGACAACUUCUUCAGUGAGCCAACAACUAAAAGUUGGGAGAUUAUUACUGUAGAAGAAGCAAAACGUCGAAAGAGCACCUGCAGUUACUAUGAGGAAGAUGAUGAUGAGACUUUACCCAUCCUAAAACAUCACAGUGCACUCCUAGAGAAUAUGCACAUAGAGCAGCUUGCCCGGCGCCUGCCAGCAAGAGUGCAAGGAUAUCCAUGGCGGCUUGUAUAUAGUACGUUAGAGCAUGGAACCAGCCUGAAAACAUUGUACCGUAAAUCAUCAUCACUUGACAGUCCAGUCCUCCUUGUCAUCAAAGACAUGGAUAACCAGAUAUUUGGAGCAUAUGCAACACAUCCCUUCAGGUUCAGUGACCAUUAUUAUGGCACAGGCGAAACUUUCUUGUACACUUUUAGUCCGAAUUUCAAGAUAUUUAAGUGGAGUGGAGAAAAUACCUACUUUAUCAAUGGAGACAUGAGCUCUCUAGAACUUGGAGGAGGAGGUGGUCGAUUUGGAUUAUGGCUAGAUGCUGACUUAUAUCAUGGGCGAAGCAACUCCUGCAGCACCUUCAAUAAUGACAUCUUAUCUAAGAAAGAAGAUUUCAUAAUACAGGAUGUGGAAGUAUGGACAUUUGAGUGGAUUCUUUGAGUGCUCCUAGGAUGCUGAAACUAGAUCCUGAGUGCAGGCUGCCUCACAACUUGCACGCUUUCUUUCUGAAACUGUAUCAGAGCAUGACUACACACAAAUAAAAUCUGAGAGCCAGUUUUUAAGAGGCAGAAAUGGACAGAACAAUAAGAGGACCAUUUUGUGUUAUUCUUUUUACUCCCCUCCCUCCAGUACUCCUUCAGAGAAAAAUGGUUAUGAAGACAUUCAUAGUGUUUGAGUUGUUAAAACAGGUUUGUUUGUUUGUUUUAUUUUCUGUAACUGUGAAAAAUAUGCUGUGGGGGAUAUAUAUAUAUAGAGAGAGAGAGA